AUUGUUGGGUAGGCAAGUGCUGCUGGACGCCUGGACAGCCCAUCUCAUGACCAUGAGGAGACAGCCAAUACAAUCAGAGUGAAGCGAACCCAGCAGUCUCACAUUGCUGAGCUGCUGGAGGCAUUUUUGGUCGAAGAGAGCUGAAGUAAUGAGAAGACAUCAUGGAGGCCCAGUCCCAUAGCUCCACGACCACUGAAAAGAAAAAAGUUGAGAAUUCCAUAGUGAAGUGCUCCACUCGAACAGAUGUGAGCGAGAAAGCCGUUGCCUCCAGCACCACUUCUAAUGAGGAUGAAAGUCCUGGACAGACUUAUCACAGAGAGAGAAGAAACGCAAUCAUUAUGCAGCCACAGAAUGUCCAGGGGCUCAGCAAAGUCAGUGAGGAACCUUCAACAUCGAGUGACGAGAGGGCCUCAUUGAUCAAGAAAGAGAUCCAUGGGUCCCUGCCACACCUGGCGGAGCCCUCUGUGCCGUACCGUGGGACGGUGUUUGCCAUGGACCCCAGGAAUGGUUACAUGGAGCCCCACUACCACCCUCCUCAUCUUUUCCCUGCCUUCCAUCCUCCUGUACCAAUUGAUGCCAGACAUCAUGAGGGCCGUUACCAUUAUGAUCCGUCUCCGAUUCCUCCAUUGCAUAUGACUUCUGCCUUAUCUAGUAGCCCUACAUAUCCGGACCUGCCCUUCAUUAGGAUCUCCCCACACCGGAACCCCGCUGCCGCUUCCGAGUCUCCCUUCAGCCCUCCACAUCCCUACAUUAAUCCGUACAUGGACUAUAUCCGCUCCUUGCACAGCAGUCCGUCGCUCUCCAUGAUCUCAGCAACCCGUGGGCUGAGCCCUACAGAUGCUCCCCAUGCAGGAGUCAGCCCAGCAGAAUACUAUCAUCAGAUGGCCCUGCUAACCGGCCAGCGCAGCCCCUAUGCAGACAUUAUUCCCUCAGCUGCCACCGCCGGCACGGGGGCCAUCCACAUGGAAUAUCUUCAUGCUAUGGAUAGCACCAGAUUCCCCAGCCCCAGGCUGUCAGCCAGGCCGAGCCGAAAACGUACACUGUCCAUAUCACCACUGUCCGAUCAUAGCUUUGACCUUCAGACCAUGAUAAGGACGUCUCCCAACUCUUUGGUCACGAUUCUCAAUAAUUCCCGUAGCAGCUCUUCAGCAAGUGGCUCUUAUGGCCACUUAUCUGCUAGUGCAAUCAGCCCAGCCUUGAGCUUCACCUACUCUUCUGCGCCCGUCUCUCUCCACAUGCAUCAGCAGAUCCUAAGCCGACAGCAGAGUUUAGGUUCAGCCUUUGGACACAGCCCUCCACUCAUCCACCCUGCCCCAACUUUUCCAACACAGAGGCCCAUUCCAGGGAUCCCCACGGUUCUGAACCCCGUCCAGGUCAGCUCCGGCCCUUCCGAGUCCUCACAGAACAAGCCCACGAGUGAGUCUGCAGUGAGCAGCACUGGUGACCCGAUGCACAACAAGAGGUCCAAGAUCAAACCCGAUGAAGACCUCCCCAGCCCAGGGGCUCGGGGGCAGCAGGAACAGCCCGAAGGAACAACCCUUGUCAAGGAGGAAGGGGACAAAGAUGAAAGCAAACAGGAGCCUGAAGUCAUCUAUGAGACAAACUGCCACUGGGAAGGCUGCACGAGGGAGUUCGACACCCAAGAGCAGCUUGUGCACCAUAUAAAUAAUGACCAUAUUCAUGGAGAGAAGAAGGAGUUUGUGUGCCGGUGGCUGGACUGCUCAAGAGAGCAGAAACCCUUCAAAGCCCAGUAUAUGUUGGUAGUGCAUAUGAGAAGACACACGGGCGAGAAGCCUCACAAAUGCACUUUUGAAGGUUGCACAAAGGCCUACUCGAGACUAGAAAACUUGAAAACACACUUGAGAUCUCACACUGGAGAGAAACCAUACGUCUGUGAGCACGAAGGUUGCAACAAGGCUUUCUCAAAUGCCUCUGAUCGCGCCAAGCACCAAAACAGAACGCAUUCCAAUGAGAAACCAUAUGUGUGUAAAAUCCCAGGCUGCACUAAGCGUUACACAGACCCAAGCUCCCUCCGGAAACACGUGAAGACAGUGCAUGGCCCAGAGGCUCAUGUCACCAAAAAGCAACGUGGGGACAUCCAUCCUCGGCCCCCACCCCCGAGAGAUUCCGGCAGCCAUUCACAGUCCAGGUCGCCCGGCCGGCCCACUCAGGGAGCCCUCGGUGAGCAGCAGGACCUCAGCAACACUACCUCAAAGCGGGAAGAAUGCCUCCAGGUGAAAACCGUCAAGGCAGAGAAGCCCAUGACAUCUCAGCCAAGCCCUGGUGGUCAGUCUUCAUGCAGCAGCCAACAGUCCCCCAUCAGCAACUAUUCCAACAGUGGGCUCGAGCUUCCUCUGACCGAUGGAGGUAGUAUAGGAGACCUCAGUGCCAUUGAUGAAACCCCAAUCAUGGACUCGACCAUUUCCACUGCAACCACAGCCCUUGCUUUGCAAGCCAGGAGAAACCCGGCAGGGACCAAAUGGAUGGAGCACGUAAAACUAGAAAGGCUAAAACAAGUGAAUGGAAUGUUUCCACGACUGAACCCCAUUCUACCCCCUAAAGCCCCUGCGGUCUCUCCUCUCAUAGGAAAUGGCACACAGUCCAACAACACCUGCAGCUUGGGUGGGCCCAUGACGCUUCUCCCAGGCAGAAGCGACCUCUCUGGGGUGGACGUCACCAUGCUGAACAUGCUCAACAGGAGGGACAGCAGCGCCAGCACCAUCAGCUCCGCCUACCUGAGCAGCCGCCGCUCCUCAGGGAUCUCGCCCUGCUUCUCCAGCCGCCGCUCCAGCGAGGCGUCGCAGGCUGAGGGCCGGCCGCAGAACGUGAGCGUGGCUGACUCCUACGACCCCAUCUCCACCGACGCCUCGCGCCGCUCCAGUGAGGCCAGCCAGAGCGACGGCCUGCCCAGCCUGCUCAGCCUCACGCCCGCCCAGCAGUACCGCCUCAAGGCCAAGUACGCGGCUGCCACAGGAGGGCCGCCGCCCACGCCCCUGCCCAACAUGGAGAGAAUGAGCCUGAAGACGCGCCUGGCGCUGCUCGGGGACGCCCUCGAGCCUGGCGUGGCGCUGCCUCCCGUCCAUGCCCCGAGGAGGUGCAGCGACGGGGGAGCCCACGGCUACGGGCGACGCCACCUGCAGCCGCACGAUGCGCCAGGCCACGGCGUGAGGAGGGCCAGCGACCCCGUGCGGACGGGCUCCGAGGGCCUGGCCCUGCCGCGAGUGCCGCGCUUCAGCAACCUCAGCAGCUGCAACCCCCCGGCGAUGGCCUCGUCCGCGGAGAAGCGCAGCCUCGUGCUUCAGAAUUACACGCGGCCCGAGGGCGGUCAGUCCCGAAACUUCCACUCGUCCCCCUGUCCUCCCAGCAUCACCGAGAACGUCACCCUGGAGUCCCUGACCAUGGACGCCGAUGCCAACUUGAACGAUGAGGAUUUCCUGCCGGACGACGUGGUGCAGUAUUUAAAUUCCCAGAACCAAGCAGGGUACGAGCAGCACUUCCCGAGCACCCUCCCGGACGAGAGCAAAGUGCCCCACGGGCCCGGUGACUUUGACGCUCCCGGGCUGCCAGACAGCCACGCUGGCCAGCAGUUCCAUGCCCUCGAGCAGCCCUGCCCCGAGGGCAGCAAAACCGACCUGCCCAUCCAGUGGAACGAAGUAAGCUCCGGAAGCGCGGAACUGUCCUCCUCCAAGCUCAAGUGUGGCCCGCGGCCCGCUGUGCCGCAGACUCGCGCCUUUGGGUUCUGCAACGGCAUGGUCGUCCACACGCAGAACCCCUUGAGGAGCGGGCCUGCUGGGGGCUAUCAGACCCUCGGGGAGAACAGCAACCCCUACGCUGGCCCAGAGCACUUGAUGCUUCACAACAGCCCCGGAAGUGGCACCAGUGGAAACGCUUUCCAUGAACAGCCCUGUAAGGCCCCGCAGUAUGGGAACUGCCUCAACAGGCAGCCAGUGGCCCCUGGUGCGCUCGACGGUGCCUGUGGUGCCGGGAUUCAAGCCUCAAAGCUGAAGAGCACCCCCAUGCAAGGGAGCGGGGGCCAGCUGAAUUUCGGCCUGCCAGUAGCACCAAAUGAGUCAGCUGGCAGCAUGGUGAAUGGCAUGCAGACCCAGGACCCGGUGGGACAGGGGUACCUGGCUCACCAGCUCCUCGGCGACAGCAUGCAGCUCCCGGGGGCAGGACGCCCCGGUCAGCAGAUGCUUGGGCAGGUUAGUGCUACCUCACACAUCAACAUCUAUCAAGGGCCAGAGAGCUGCCUGCCAGGGGCUCACGGCAUGGGCAGCCAGCCGUCAAGCUUGGCAGUCGUCAGGGGCUACCAGCCGUGUGCCAGCUUUGGGGGCAGCAGGCGCCAGGCUAUGCCAAGGGACAGCCUUGCUCUGCAGUCAGGACAGCUCAGUGACACAAGUCAGACCUGCAGGGUGAAUGGCAUCAAGAUGGAGAUGAAAGGGCCGUCGCAUCCGCUGUGCUCUAAUCUGCAGAAUUACUCUGGUCAGUUCUAUGACCAAACCGUGGGCUUCAGUCAGCAAGACAUGAAAGCUGGUUCAUUCUCCAUUUCAGACACCAGCUGCCUGCUACAGGGGACCAGCGCCAAAAACCCUGAGUUACUUUCCCCAGGUGCUAAUCAGGUGACAAGCACAGUGGACAGCCUCGACAGCCAUGACCUGGAAGGGGUACAGAUUGACUUCGAUGCCAUCAUAGACGAUGGGGACCACUCCAGCCUGAUGUCAGGGGCCCUGAGCCCAAGCGUCAUUCAGAACCUUUCCCAUAGCUCCUCCCGCCUCACCACGCCUCGGGCGUCCCUCCCAUUCCCAGCGCUGUCCAUGAGCACCACCAACAUGGCUAUAGGGGACAUGAGUUCUUUGCUGACCUCCCUAGCGGAAGAAAGCAAAUUCCUUGCAGUUAUGCAAUAGGCUUUAGGAAAAAGGGACUGCAACCAACGUAAAUCAAUAGGAGUUGAAGAGAUUAAGCUGACUUUGUUUUGGCUGUUUUUUUAGUUCUGUAUGUAUUUUAGCAAUCUCAUCUCACCUAACUGAGAUGUGUUUCAAAUAUAUUCCUUUUAUGGAAAAGGACUCUGAAAAACCCUAAAGUAUUCUAGGGAGAAACUGUCUUCCAUUUCAGUUUUGAAUCAGUAUUGUUACACACAAACCACCCUCUUUUUUAAAAAAAAAACAAAAACAAAAAAACAAAACUGUAAGCCCCACCCCUUUUUAGUAAACCUAUGUAAAUGUG